UUUUUCUAUAAAUAGAAACGGGAAAUAAAAAAAAAUGCUUGGGGAUGGAAAUGGGAAAAUGUCUACAAUACCCGGAUUUAAUCAGAUACAAUUUGAAGGGUUUUGUAGGAUCAUUGAUCAGGGCUUAACAGAAGAACUUUAUAAGUUUCCAAAAAUGGAAGAUACGGAUCAAGAAAUUGAAUUCCAAUUAUUUGUGGAAACAUAUCAAUUGGCAGAACCAUUGAUAAAAGAAAGAGAUGCUGUAUAUGAAUCACUCACAUAUUCUUCUGAAUUAUAUGUAUCUGCCGGAUUAAUUUGGAAAACCAGUAGGGAUAUGCAAGAACAAACUAUUUUUAUUGGAAACAUUCCUCUAAUGAAUUCCCUGGGAACUUCUAUAGUAAAUGGAAUAUACAGAAUUGUGAUCAAUCAAAUAUUGCAAAGCCCUGGUAUCUAUUGCCGGUCAGAAUUGGACCAUAACGGAAUUUCGGUCUAUACCGGCACCAUAAUAUCAGAUUGGGGAGGAAGAUUAGAAUUAGAGAUUGAUAGAAAAGCAAGGAUAUGGGCUCGUGUGAGUAGGAAACAGAAAAUAUCUAUUCUAGUUCUAUCAUCGGCUAUGGGCUCAAAUCUAAGGGAAAUUCUAGAGAAUGUUUGGUCAAAAGAAAAUGCCAUUUUGGAGUUUUAUCAACAAUUUUCUUGUGUAGGCGGAGAUCCGGUAUUUUCUGAAUCCUUAUGUAAGGAAUUACAAAAGAAAUUCUUUCAACAAAGAUGUGAAUUAGGAAGAAUUGGUCGACGAAAUAUGAACCGUAGACUGAAUCUUGAUAUACCUCUGAACAAUACAUUUUUGUUACCACGAGAUAUAUUGGCAGCUGCGGAUCAUUUGAUUGGAAUGAAAUUCGGAAUGGGUAUACUUGACGAUAUGAAUCAUUUGAAAAAUAAACAUAUUCGUUCUGUAGCGGAUCUUUUACAAGAUCAAUUUGGAUUGGCCCUAGUUCGUUUAGAAAAUAUGGUUAGAGGAACUAUGAGUGGGGCAAUUAGGCAUAAAUUGAUACCGACCCCUCAGAAUUUGGUAACUUCAACUACAUUAACAACUACUUAUGAAUCUUUUUUCGGAUUACACCCAUUAUCUCAAGUUUUGGAUCGAACAAAUCCAUUGAAACAAAUUGUUCAUGGGAGAAAAUCGAGUUAUCUGGGCCCUGGAGGAUUGACAGGACGAACUGCUAGUUUUCGGAUACGAGAUAUCCACCCUAGUCACUACGGACGCAUUUGUCCUAUUGAUACGUCCAAAGGAAUCAAUGUUGGACUUAUUGGAUCCUUAUCAAUUCAUGCGAGGAUUGGUCAUUGGGGAUCUCUAGAAAGUCUGUUUUAUGAAAUCUCUGAGAGAUCAAAAAAAGUACGGAUGCUUUAUUUAUCACCAAGUCGAGAUGAAUACUAUAUGGUAGCGGCAGGAAAUUAUUUGGCACUGAAUCGAGGUAGUCAGGAAGAACAGGUUGUUCCGGCUCGAUACCGUCAAGAAUUCCUGACUAUUGAAUGGGAACAGGUUCAUCUUCGAAAUAUUUUUCCCUUCCAAUAUUUUUCUAUUGGAGCUUCCCUCAUUCCUUUUAUCGAGCAUAAUGAUGCGAAUCGUGCUUUAAUGAGUUCUAAUAUGCAACGUCAAGCAGUUCCUCUUUCUCGAUCGGAAAAGUGCAUUGUUGGAACUGGGUUGGAAUCCCAGGUGGCUCUAGAUUCCGGAGUUCCCGCUAUAGCCGAACAUGAGGGAAAGAUCAUUUAUACCGAUACUGACAAGAUCAUUUUAUCGGGCAAUGGAGAUACUUUAAGCAUUCCAUUAGUUAUAUAUCAACGUUCCAACAAAAAUACUUGUAUGCAUCAAAAACCCCAAGUUGCACGAGGUAAAUGUAUUAAAAAGGGACAUAUUUUAGCAGACGGUGCUGCGACAGUUGGCGGCGAACUAUCUUUGGGAAAAAAUGUAUUAGUAGCUUAUAUGCCAUGGGAGGGGUACAAUUUUGAGGAUGCAGUAUUCAUUAAUGAGCGUUUGGUAUAUGGGGAUAUUUAUACUUCUUUUCAUAUACGGAAAUAUGAAAUUCAAACUCAUGUGACAAGCCACGGGCCUGAAAGAAGCCAUGUGACGAUAGGGUAUGGGAUGCCAAGAAAGAUAGUCUCGGACAAUGGAACGCAAUUCGACAACGAGUUGUUUACACAGUUCUGCGAGAAUAAUGGGAUUGUUAAAAGCUUCUCCUCAGUGGCCCAUACUCAAGCAAAUGGUCAGGUUGAACCUGUAAACAAGACUCUCAAGAUUUUUAUAAAUAACAGGCUUGAAGAAGCUAAAGGAAGAUGGCCCGAAGAAUUACCACAAGUUUUAUGGGCCUAUAGACGACAACUCGAACCUCAACCGAACAUACAGCCUUCUCCCUAG